UAUCGAUAUAUCGACUUUCGAGUAUAAAAUCGAUACACUCGAAGUAGUCCAGUCAGACAGUUGAUAGCAUUAUGUUUAUGGUUGAGCAGAUUUGAAAAUAUUUUGUAACGAAUUGAACGGUUUUUAAACUAUUAGUAAAGUAAUUAGUAAAUAUGCCUUAUGCAAAUCAGCCUUCUGUUCAUAUCUCGGAUUUAACCGAGGAAAACGUUAAGUUCCAGGUCGAAGAUACUGAAUUAAGUGUAGCAAAUAGCAUGAGACGUGUUUUCAUUGCUGAAACUCCAACUAUGGCUAUUGAUUGGAUUCAGCUUGAAGCAAAUUCUACUGUUUUGAGUGAUGAGUUCUUAGCUCAUCGAAUUGGCAUGAUACCUUUGAUUAGCGACGAGGUUGUAGAUAGAAUUCAAUACACAAGAGAUUGUCAGUGUAUGGAUUUCUGUCCCGAAUGCAGUGUAGAGUUUACGUUAGAUGUAAAAUGUGCAGAGGAUCAAACUAGACAUGUAACAACUGCAGACUUCAAGUCUAGUGACCCUAGAGUUCUUCCUGUUACAUCCAGACAUCGAGAGGAUGAUGCUAGUGAAUAUGGAGAAACUGAUGAAAUACUAAUAGUGAAGCUACGCAAAGGACAAGAAUUAAAAUUAAGAGCAUAUGCUAAGAAGGGGUUUGGCAAAGAACAUGCAAAAUGGAAUCCUACUGCGGGUGUGAGCUUUGAAUAUGAUCCAGACAACGCAAUGCGUCAUACACUGUUUCCAAAACCAGAUGAAUGGCCUAAAUCUGAAUACAGUGAAUUGGAAGAAGACCAAUAUGAAGCACCUUUCAACUGGGAAGCUAAGCCAAACAAAUAUUACUUCAAUGUUGAAAGCAGCGGUGCGCUGAAACCUGAAAAUAUAGUAAUGAUGGGAAUCGCAUCAUUGAAGAAUAAGCUCUCCAACUUGCAAACACAAUUGAGUCAUGAAGUACAAAGUGACGCAUUGAGCAUUCAUCAUUAGGACCUGAACUCUUAAAUUUUUAAUGAUACCACACCAAUACAUGCUUCUAAAUAAAAUUAUAUAUAUUAUGAAAA